AUGUCGCAGUUCCUAUACUCUCUAACGACCAUCUUCAUUCUCAUAGCAUCGACAAACAUCGACAAAACAUCAGCAGCCAGUCCACCAUCAUACUCCCAAAACCACAAAACGUUCGUGAAAACGGCUUGCAACUCGACAACAUCACCUGACAAAUGCUACAAGUCCUUAUCCUCAUACUCCACCACCAUCAAAUCCGAUCCUAUCAAGCUAUGCACCACCGCGCUAAACCUCAACGUGAAAUCCGCAAAGGAAGCAACGUCCGUCGUCUCUAAGCUUCUCAAAAAGUCUCAGAGAUCCACCGCCGGACGAAAGAAUAAAAUGUUACCGGAGACUCUUAUUCUCAAAGACUGCCUCGAGGAGAUGAAGGACACAAUCAUUGAGCUCAAGCAAGCGAUCACAGAGAUGAAGACUCUCAAAGACGGUGCUUCGGUGGCUGAGCAUAUCACGAACGUUAGGACAUGGGUGAGCUCGGCGUUGACCGACGAAGGGACUUGUACUGACGGGUUCGAGGAGGUGAAAGUGAAUAAAGAAACAACGAAGAAGGUUAAAAAGGUUGUUGAGGAACUUGCAAUGACGACUAGUAAUACCUUGGCGCUUAUUACGAAUCUACGUUACUAG